CCUGGCGCCGCGCAGAGCGCUUCCAGUCAGAACCCGCUGUGCGCCUGGUCACACCGCGGAGAAGAGCAAAGGGUGGGGGAAGCAGACUGUCGCCGCAGGCACCGUCCCCCGCACGGGACCCGCAUCCACCGCUCUCAUCCGCUUGGAUCUCUAGGAGCAGAAGAGGAACAGGAGAGCGGCUGCGCGCGGAUCCGGGUUAUAUAAGAAGCGAGGAAGCGCAGCGCCAGUGUGACUCAUUGAUAAAUAACUCCGGCUCUUCAACAGAUGCAUGAAUGAGCGUCAGCGCAGGCGGUCCGCAGUCUGGAAAUCUGUAGGAGAGCCGCAACUUCACCACCAUUUUGCGUAAAAGCGCACAAAAUCGCAUCUUUUUGUCUCCAAACCGGACCAGAUUCUGCGUUUGGGUUCUUUUUGGACUCGGCGUCUGCGGGGCCCUCCACAGACAGACAGACAGAUAUCCGGGCUUUGCGCUUCAGCCAGGAAGCUCCCGCUCUCUCCGAACAUUUUGUACUCCUGCCUCUAAAUGCUCGACAAGCUGAAGCCCGUCGUCCAGCUCGAAUCGGUCAUGGCGAUCAGCAAGACGGUGGGCUGGCUCCGGGAGCAGCUGGAGACGCGCAGGGAGGCCCUGCUGGUGAUGGACUGCCGGGCCCAGGAGCUCUACGAGUCGUCGCACGUCGAGACGGCGAUCAACGUGGCCAUCCCGAGCCUCAUGCUGCGCCGCCUGAAGAAGGGGAACCUGCCCGUGCGCUCGCUGCUGUCCAACGGGGAGGACCGGGACAAGUUCGUGCGGCGCUGCAAGACCGACACCAUCGUGCUGUACGACGAGUACAGCCGGGAGUGGAACGAGAACGUGGACGGAGGGUCGGUGCUGGGGCUACUGCUGAGGAAGAUGAAGGAUGAAGGCUACAGGGCCUAUUAUUUGGAGGGUGGCUUCAGCAAAUUCCAGGCCGAGCAUCCGGCUCUGUGCGAAACCAACCUGGACGGCUCCCCCAACAACAGCAGCUCCCCCACAGCCCAGGUGCUGGGCCUCGGCGGGCUCCGGAUCAGCUCCGACUCCUCCGACAUCGAGUCGGACCUGGACAGGGACCCCAGCAGCGCCACAGACUCGGACGGGAGCCCGCUGUCCAACCCGCAGCCCUCCUUCCCGGUGGAGAUCCUGCCGCACCUGUACCUAGGCUGCGCCAAGGACUCCACCAACCUGGACGUGCUGGAGGAGUACGGCAUCAAGUACAUCCUCAACGUGACUCCCAACCUGCCCAAUCUGUUUGAGAACGCCGGGGAGUUUAAGUACAAGCAGAUCCCCAUCUCGGACCACUGGAGCCAGAAUCUGUCGCAGUUCUUUCCAGAGGCCAUCAGCUUUAUAGAUGAAGCUCGAGGCCAGAAGCGGGGAGUUCUGGUGCACUGCCUGGCCGGCAUCAGCCGUUCAGUCACCGUGACUGUUGCCUACCUGAUGCAGAAACUGAACCUGUCCAUGAAUGACGCUUACGACAUCGUCAAGAUGAAAAAGUCUAACAUUUCCCCCAACUUUAACUUCAUGGGCCAGCUCCUGGACUUUGAGCGCACGCUGGGCCUGAAGAGUCCGUGCGACAACCGCAUGGCUCCACCAAGCCAGCAGCUCUACUUCACCACGCCGACCAACCACAACGUCUUUCAGCUGGACCCCUUGCAGUCCACGUGAGGUCUGGCGCCACCGGCCCUUUUGAUGACCGGAGGCUGGGACCGCCUCCUGCUUAAAAAGUUGCAAAAAGUUUCUCUUUUUUUCCCUCGCCGCCCUCUGUGCGACCUGGCUUCUGAUGUUAGUGAUGCAGCUGGUUUGAGGCAGCAGCUGCAGAGCGCAGUUACUCCAGCCUGGCCCGUGAAACAGCUGCUGUUGACUCAAUCGGGAGAGACGGCUGAAAAAAAAACAGUCUUUAUUCUUCCUGUCAAUGCGUCUGAGGAGUUCCAGAUGAUUUGAUGGACAGUUGUAUGUUAAGCUGCAGAUUUCCUAGGCUGGUGUGCCAAAGAGACAUGAUUGUUCAAAGUGGACAGCAAACCCUUUUUUUGUAUCUAUGUUUUGGGGUCCCCCCAUGACUUCAGGGUGCAUCGUCUCCUUCAUCUUCUGUGAAGACAGGCCUGCGUGGGGUUAAAGCACCCUGAACUUUAGAAGGCACUCUAUCCACUGAUCUCGAUUUUACACUUGUGGACACUUUUCAAACAUUUAUACAUCAUGUAUAUAUCUUAAUAUAAAAAGACUACAAAAGCCUUGCUGUAGUAUAUACCCGCUUGAAAUGGGUACUCUUCACUCUUGUGUUUCGUAUUCUAACGAUGUAAGGAAACAAUCUGCAUAUUGAUCAUGAUCAUUGAGGUAAAUAUGCCAAAACUCAGUAGGCUUGCUAUGAAACGUGCAGAACUCCGCCAGUUGGCCUUUUUUUCUGCACCCGCCCUCUUAUAAAAAGUCACCUUUGUUGUUUGCCUUAAUUGCACCUACAAGGUUUGUGUUGCACAUUAGCCUUCAGAGAAGUUUGCAAAAAUAUAUGUACAUUUUUCUUAAAAAAAGCUUAUCUCCUGAUUUUCCUCAGACAACCAACCAAAUCUUUUGUGGUUUUCACUGAUCAGAUUUUCAACCGAUUCAUCUCUGCUUUGUGCUAACUGUGUGUGGUCUCUGAGGGUUAAUGUUGGUCUUCCAGACUUGUGUGCAUGAAUCAACACAGACACGUGAACAAAGCGGAGGGCUUUGCUUGCCUCGCUUCUUCAGGGAAAACUCUUUGAAAUGCAGUUUGUUUUGUUAAUAUGAAAGUAAUUGAAGUUUGGAGGAUUGUCAUUCCCCGUUGGACAAAUAAGGUCUUUUUUCAUGAUGCCCCUCCCAUACUCCUCUAUUACGAAUGUAUAGAAAAGCUAAGUUAUUAAUAAAUUGCUAUUUUGUCUACA